CACACACUAACUCAUCCGUCUCCGUGCAGAGCGGAGCAGUCAGCACCAUCACCAGACACAUGCAGCACCGUCUCUGGACGCAGACUCAGCCCGGACAGGGAAACGCUGACGCCGAGCUGAUCCACCGGGAUGCCGACAGCGAAUGACAAAGAGGAGAACAUCUAUAUUUGAAUCCUCUCCUCAGUUACAAGCUCUCAUCUGCAGCUUAAGCUGGAUUCCCUGCCAUGUCCAACGACAGCAGCGCCCUCGGUGUCUUGGAGCCGUCUGAUUGGGCGACCACCUCCCAGUGCCCGCCCUCGGUGGGCGGCGCAACGUUCCUGAUCGUGGCGUACAGCGCUGUGAUCGCAAUCGGCUUGCUAGGCAACGCUGGCCUGGUGUUCAUCAUCGCCCGGCAACAGGAGCUGCGCAACGUCACCAACAUCCUGAUCGCCAACCUGUCGUGCUCGGACAUCCUCAUGUGCGUCGUGUGUCUCCCCGUCACCGUCAUCUACACGCUGAUGGACCGCUGGGUCCUCGGGGAGGCCCUGUGCAAGGUGACUCCCUUCAUCCAGUGCAUGUCCGUGACCGUGUCCGUCUUCUCUCUGGUGCUGAUCGCUCUGGAGCGCCACCAGCUGAUCCUCCACCCCACCGGCUGGUCCCCGGCAGCCGGACACUCGUACCUGGCCGUCGGGCUGACGUGGCUGGUCGCCUGCUUCAUCUCGCUGCCCUUCCUCUCCUUCAACAUCCUCACCAACGACCCCUUCCAGAACAUCAGCUUGCCCGCAAACCCCUUCAGGGACCAUCUGAUCUGCAUGGAGCUGUGGCCGUCAGAUAAGCAUCGUCUGGCCUACACCACCUCGCUGCUGCUCUUCCAGUACUGCCUGCCUCUGCUGCUGGUGCUCCUCUGCUACCUCCGCAUCUUCCUCCGCCUCAGGCGACGCAGGGACAUGCUGGAGCGCAGCCGGAGGACUCAGGGCGCCCAGAGGAUCAACACCAUGCUGGUGGCCAUCGUCGUAGCCUUCGCUCUGUGCUGGCUGCCGCUCAACGUCUUCAACACGCUGUUCGACUGGCACCACCAGGCGCUGCCCGACUGCCAGCACGACGCCGUCUUCUCCGCCUGCCACCUCAUGGCGAUGGCCUCCACCUGCAUCAACCCCGUGGUGUACGGCUUCCUCAACAGCAACUUCCAGAGGGAGCUGAAGCUAACGGUGCAGCGGUGCCAGUGUGGCCACCGCGCGGCCGAGAGCUACGAGAGCUUCCCGCUGUCCACCGUGGGCAGCGAAGGCAUCACGAAGGCCACCUCGCUCAACAGGAUGGGAUCGGUGUGCACUCCCUCGCCCCGACCGGAGAUCAGCUCAACAUUGCCUGCCAAAACAAUACCAGCUAACACCUGUUAGCACCUGUUUUCUGACAUUUGUCUGGCAGGCACAUGGCUUGCGAGUGGCUGACACCUUUGAGUUGAACAGUACUUUGACUUUACUUUCCAUAACUUUCCUGCCAGAGUAAAGCAGCUUUGAUUGCUUCGGGCUGGCUGUUCAGGGCAGGAAAGAAUGAAGAUGGAGGUCAGCUGACGCAGCUUCAAGUCCAAAAAACCAGAAGCACAAUCUUGUAAAUUGAUGUUAAUGGAUGUAUAAUAAGACCUGGAUACAGCGUUUGAGGCAGAGCCCUGUUUGUUACAAUGAAUGACCAACACAAACACACCUGUUUCCUGGUGAAAGUCUUGUGUUUUCUCCUUAACUUCUCCAGGACAUGAACACCUGUUUCCUGGUGAAAGUCUUGUGUUUUCUCCUAACUUC